GAAACAAACACUCACACCAAGCCUCAGCCUGUUCCUCACAGCCGUGUCUGAUCGCAGGCCACCACAAUCCUAAAGACCACGUUCAGAUCUUCUUGUUCAUUCUGAUAAUGGACAACUUUUUCACACCCAUUCCCACAACCACCAGAGCCCCUUCAACCUCUUCACCCUUCUCAACCUCUCUUGUGUAUUAUUUUCCACCCCACGAAGGUCAUCUGCAAUUUCCCCACGCAUUUCCUUUAGAGCAGGUUGGUCAGCAUUUGGCGUACCCGGCAUAUCCUUUCGUAAUUGGGGCUGGUCAGCAACCACAUGAUUUGCUAUCGAAAGAACAAGAGAGAAGGCUUGUGGAUGCUUGGACAACCAAGGUUGCGAGGAGUAAGCGCAAAAUGGCACGCCAAAGGAGCCUCAGUUCGAGCAAAAAUCCUGCUUCCUGGGCUACUUCGAAUCAGGUAUAUACCCGGGGACUGGCCGUGUACGGUGCUGACGAUGCUGAGGCGCAGAACAGCAACAUCAAAAGAGAUACCUACACGUUCUUCACGCCGGAUAAGAAGAGGCUUAGAGUUUUACUUAAAAAGGAGUUGAAGAAUAGCGAUGUUGGGUCCUUGGGCAGGAUUGUGCUCCCUAAGAGAGAAGCAGAAGAAAACCUCCCAACCCUCUCUGAUAAAGAUGGAAUCCAAACUGUGAUCCGAGAUGUGUAUUCUAACCAAGAGUGGAACGUGAAAUACAAGUAUUGGUCAAAUAAUAAGAGCAGAAUGUAUGUCCUUGAAAAUACAGUGGAUUUUGUGAGGCAAAAUGAGCUGGUGAUUGGAGAUUCCAUUACUCUUUACGAGGAUGAAUGCAAGAAUCUCUAUGUCACCAUUAAAAGGGGAAAACGACCAGUAGUAGAAGAAGAAGACGACGAUCAUCAGCAGCAACCUGCAUACAGAAGAGAUCAGAUGAUGAUGAAUAAUAGAAACCACAUGAUGAUGAGCUACAACGUCUGCCACAACCAAUAUUCUACCCCAUAUACAUACGGGAAUAGAGAUGAGGAAGAAGCAUCUCUUGCAUUACUCAUAGAGCAACUCAGACACAAGGAAGAACUUGAAGCUAACAGCCUUGCAACUUUAUCUAUUGGAUCAUCAGGUCAUCAUGCUGCUUCUAAUUAUUCACAUAGGCAGCCCCUACCCUGAUCAUUUAAUAUUAAUCCAUGCCGGCAGUAUUUAUCUUAAUUAAUAUUAUUCAACCAUGCAUGAUCUUUUCAAAGUACCUCCUGGCAUGGCUGCCUAAUUCCAAGCCAAUGCGAUAUAUGCAACUUGUUUAAUUUUCUUGCACCAUGCAUUUUGGGACAUUUAUCUGAUCAUAAUUAUUGAUAAACAUAUUAUAUA